UGUGUGUUUUUGUGUGACAGAGUUGCGGCGGGGCAGAUCACAAAAGUGCCUGUGGCUGCGUUCCCCCGUCAGCUCGCGCACCAUUUCUCCGGAUCACCAGAGUCGCACGAGACUGGCGACGCGCUCCAAAGCCGGUCUGCUGGCCGCGGGUGAUCCGAGGAUCCCACUUUGACGAACAUACUCGGGCUCCGCUGGCAGGAAAGGUGGAACUAAACUACAUUCAUUGACUUGUGAGCGAUGCACUGGCAGCAUGGCCAAGUGGUUCAAGGAGCACCUAGGAUUCAAAACUACCAAAGCACCCCCUCCGGCGCCCCCGAAACCGGACUACAGACACUGUCACACCGGUGUGCCCGGUGCGCCUGGCUACCAACCAACAAGCUCCGGGACCACCUUCCCAAGCCCUGCUCAGCCGGACAUCCUUGCUGCUUACAAACUACAAAAGGAACUGGACUUCGAGGACCCGUACACUUCAGGUGGAAAUAUUUCGUUUGCCCCCAGCUUGAACACUGUGGGCUCGCCGGAUAUCAAGUAUGUGUCACCAAAGCACCGACUUAUCAAGGUGGAAACAAUCGAAAAGAGCAGCCCGGCUCCGGGCGGCGGUAUCACAGUCACCCAAGCUGUUGCUGUGGGGAGUGUUAAAUCUCCUACUUCACCUCCCUCGGACCACGACAACAAGGAGAAGCUCAUUAUCCUUGAAGACUAUGCGGACCCUUUCGAUGCUGAGCAGGCUGGUGGCACACAGACCAGCACGGAGAAAGUGACAACCGAGAAUGAUGGCUACAUGGAGCCAUAUGAGGCCCAGAAGAUGAUGGCAGAAAUACGAUCUGGUGGGCGAGGGGCUAAGGAAGGCUCGGCGAGGCAGCUGCCCCUGUACGACACGCCGUAUGAGCCAGCCGAGAAUGGCGGUGACUCAGACCCCGAGCGCUUACGCUGCCCAAGAGAAAGCCGCCUGCCCCAGGAUGACGAGCGACCCCCUGAAGAGUACGAUCAGCCCUGGGAGUGGAAGAAAGAGAGGAUUUCCAAAGCCUUUGCAGCUCUGCUUUGUUAUGACUGCAUUAGCUACGAGGGCUCUUUAAGUGGCACUGGAACAGUUCCCCACAGAAGAAAGGACUGCACCUCUAAAUCCCUCACAGUCCAGUUUGAUGGUGUGGAGAAGUCUCGAAUGUCACCCACCAUGGAAGGGAAAACUCGCCCACUGCAGCGUCACUCCAGUGGCUGUUUGGUAAACACCAAAAUGACUUCGCUGGACCACUGCAGCUCCUCUCUUGGGGAACGCAUUGAUCCCACCAUGUCACUGGAAAGCCAGUUCUGGUACCACGGAGCGAUCAGCCGAACAGACGCAGAGUCCCUUCUCAGGCUGUGUAAGGAAGCCAGCUACCUGGUGAGGAACAGCGAGACCAGCAAGAAUGACUACUCCCUCUCCCUCAAGAGCAGCCAAGGCUUCAUGCACAUGAAGCUGUCACGGACCAAGGAGAACAAGUACAUCCUAGGCCAGAAUAGCUGCCCCUUUGACAGCGUGCCCGAGAUCAUCCACUUCUACUCCAGCCGCAAGCUGCCAAUCAAGGGUGCCGAACACAUGUCCCUGCUCUACCCUGUAGCCAUCAGGACACUAUAGUGCUCUGGGUCACCUGCAGGUGUCAGCCCCUGCAGCACUCACUGGGCCACCCUGUGGCUCCACAGUUCCUGUCCUUCGUAACAGAGCUCUACAGGCUCAUGGGAAGAUAAACAGUGGCAUCCCAAACUGCUGAUUCUGACUCACCUCACUGGCCGACAGAUUCCAGACCUGUUUUGAAGGCCUACUGCAUACUAGCUCAUACAUACAGACUCAGUGUUGCAGAAGUCUUUGUUAUUUUAUUUUAUUUUAUUUAUGACAGACACCCACUUCAUGACAUCACAGACUGACUAUCUGAGGAACAUCAUUUCACUGAUUCUUGAGCAUAUUUCCCUUAGCACUUAACACUCAAAGAAAGGUACACAACAUAGCAUUUGUCACUGGGAUGUAUCUUUUAUCAUAAAAUAUUGUACCUGUUUUCGUAAGAGUGCACAUCAUGACAACUGUGUAGGAGUUUGUUUGACUUCUCUCAUUUGGUUAGGCUCUGUUGAUACUGAACAAGUAAUUGUAUUUCAAGGGGACUUGAAGAUUGUAAGAGCCGUGUAAGCGAAGUGACAUUUAUGAGGCAUGUUGAGGAAUAUUGUCCACAUGGGCCCCAUACGGUGUCCAGGAUAUUGAAUAAACUGGCCUUGUAUGAAUGGUGUGCCCCCAGCUGCUCGGAAACAACAGGCCUCUGAGCUGUGCAGACUGAUCUCUCUAUCUUGUCAUAGUGCAUGCUGUCUGCUAUCCAUCACUGAGUGGGUGUAUCACACCAAUGACAGUGUAAGUACCAUAGUGGUGAGACAGGCAGGAGAGCAUGAUGGAUGGGUCAACCCAUUCGACAUAGUACAAUUGGCUGAGGCUAGAGACCAGAGCCUGUCCAAAUGGACCAAAUUACCCCUGCUACCCCUGCUUAAAAUGGCUUUGCAUUGGGAGAAUGAAAUAUGCCUGCAUUGUCUACCUCAGAAAAUCAAUUUCAUUCACCCAUCUGCAGAUCAAUAGGUACAAUGGGAUUGCAGACAUCGAUCUGCCCUUCCUUCGACAUUCCCAAUUCCCUCAAAAUUGCAUCAUUCGUUUAGGGAUAUGUUUUUUUUUAUACAGUUAAUCCAAUAUUUUUUUUAAAUGAAAACAUAAGCAGAUGUUCCAGAUCAGCAACUGUAUGUAUAGUCACUAAUAUGAUACUGUGUGAUGUCAGUAACAAAUGUUUGGUUAAUGCCUUAUAAUGCAUGGGUCAAAUCAGUCCGCUAGAUCAGCUGAUUUCCAAUUCUGCUUUUAACGAUUGUUCUGUGACUGUAAUUUAUUCUGGGGUAAUUAUUACUGAUGUGUUACUCCUUUGUGAUGGCCCGUCGGCCCCCUCGCCCUCAUCGUUCUGUGCCGAUGUGAUCGUGUUUUUUGGGACUACAUCAGCCUCUUUUACUGUGGUGCUUUGCUUUUUCGUUGUAUCAAGUUCUGCUAAAUGCACGUUUGCCUCGGUGGCCUGGCUUCGGAACUCCAGUCACGGCGUCUCCUGACCAACGAGAUUGUCAAGCCUCUCGCGAGAGACAAUUUGCAAAUUCCUCCGGACCAAUCACAGCCCAGCCUGUUCAAACCGGAAAAAAAACAAAACACAAAAAAAAACACCUACCUUCAACCUGUCAUACUUCCUCAGCAUUAAAUCUCUCUAUCAUCUAUUCUUUAUUACCAGAUGUGCAUACAUGUGUGAAUGCGAGAGAGUGCACGUAUGCAUGUGUCCAACAUGUUCUUGCGUAUGUUGUAGGUAUGCAUAUGCAACUUUCUGAGUUCCAGUGUGUGUUUUACCCUGCUGGUACAAACUGGUGACAGCCCUCGCUUGAACCUCUUUGGUUGUCAGAGAUUUAUUUUUUCUCUCCUGAACUCAUGGAACUAGAAUUUAGCCCUAUGACUCACUUAUUUUCAUUUCCUCUUGCAUUUACUCAUUAACCACAGCUGAUUUUAGCAAUUCAUAGGAAAGGCAUGCCUGUCUUUUAGUGGAACAGCCCACAAGGUAUUGCUGACCAAUUACAAUGAGAAACAGCUGAUUUACACAAAAUACAAGCCAACAUUAUCCACACUAUGAACUGAAUCUAAUGAGAGUGCCUAAUGCUUGUAUGAUCAAACUGGCUCUUCAGAGGAAAUCCUUGUCAGUCUUAUGACUUGCAAAAGUAAAGUGGUUUAAUGAGCAAAUCCAAAUAAAAUGAAAAUUUUGGGGGCUUUGUCCAAGCUGGGAAUCACUGACACUAAGAAUUAGAGGCUGACUUAAGCAAGCAUGACCACUGUAUGAACAAAGUCAAAUCAGUUUUGGCUUUGACUAUAUCUCCACUGUGUGCUAUGCAAACCUAAACUGCAGUCAUUGAAGGGAAAAAUGAUUGGAGUGUGUGCCUCCACCAAAUGUUUAUGACAAAUGUGAUGGUACAAAAUGUCCACCUGGAAGAUAUGUAAUCCGCGGAAUGACUUGAUAAGUAAAAAGUAGUUUGGAGAAAGUGGGAUGUACGCAAAUGUUUAUUUAGUUGGUGUAGUAAGUGAGCAGACAGAUGUCACUCAUCAGAUUAGUAUGUCAUGUGUCUGAUCACGUGAUGAGGCAACCUCUGCAGCUUUAUUAGGAGACAGUAUGUUGUCGAAGUGGACCUAUGUAUUUCCUUGAGAGAAGAUAUCCUAAGAAGAAAUUAAAUAAACUAUAUGUGUGAUGUAUCCUUUAUGCUCCGAAUGUUCCAUGUUCAAGAGAUCAAAUGUUGACAGUAGAUGCUCUUUAUUUAGUUACUGCUGCUGAUGAGUAUUACUCUACUAUAGGAAAGAGCCUGCGUAUGAUGGCCGCACUGCCUAGAUAGAGGCCUUAGCUUUGGAGAAAAGGAAAACAGGAGACAUGGAGGGGAAGAAUAAGGGAGAGACAGAGGGGAGGGUCUUCUGACAGAGGGAAGAAUUUGCUGCAAUCAGCAGACACACUCUUCACAUUCGUAUAUUUCUGACCUGAAAGAGCCCUACUCCUCCCUCAGAAGUGUCUUAAAGUGCGUGUGAGUGUGUUUGUGUGUGUAUGUGUGUGUGGAGACACAUUUGUGCAUGCAUAAAACAGUGUUUAUGUGUGUAUGCAGGUGCAUAUGUGUGUGUGUACUGGUGUAAGCAGCCAUCAGCCAUUGACUUGCCCCGUGUGUAUCUUGUGUAUCACUUUACUGUGGUAAAGUGGCAUGUAUGAGUUUCCUUUGUGUACAUUUUCGUGCCACGUAUGUAUGCACUACUAUAACAUAUCUCUGUACAGUCCCUCAUGGCCAAAUGUAUAUACUGAAUGUAUUGUGUGGGGACAUAGAGGCAUCAAGUUUAAAACUAAAUAAAAUUGGG